CCAAAACCACAACACAGCACAUGAUAAACUAACACACACACACACACACACACAAGAAACCUCAAAAAAAAAAAACAUUUUGCCUAACUCCCCUUUAAAACCUUAAGGAAUCAAAUCAAGAAACUCAAUGGAUCCACAAGGGAUGGUCAAGAAAAGACUAGCCGUCCUCGUCGGCUGCAACUACCCUCACACAAGGAACGAGCUUCACGGUUGCAUCAAUGAUGUUUUAGCAAUGAAAGAAACUCUUCUGACCCGUUUCGGGUUCAAACAAGAGGACAUUGAGGUGCUAACGGACGAGACAGAAGCAAAAGUGAAGCCGACAGGUGCCAACAUCAAGGCUGCUUUACGUAGGAUGAUGGAUAAAGCUCAACCCGGAACUGGAGACGUCUUGUUGUUCCACUACAGUGGCCAUGGAACUCGUAUUCCUUCGGUUAAACCUGCUCACCCUUUCAAACAAGACGAAGCUAUUGUUCCUUGUGAUUUCAAUCUCAUCACAGAUGUUGAUUUCAGAGAAUUGGUCAAUCAACUUCCUAAAGGAACAAGCUUUACCAUGAUCUCUGAUUCUUGCCAUAGUGGUGGUCUCAUCGACAAGGAGAAAGAACAGAUCGGACCCUUUUCUGUCUCCAGCAACAUAUCUCCGGCCAUGGAGACAACCAAUAAGAUUAUAACAUCACGUGCCUUACCCUUCAAGGCAGUCCUUGACCACUUGAUUUCUCUAACCGGAAUCUCAACUUCCGACAUCGGGACACACCUACUUGAGCUAUUCGGCGGCGAUGCUGGCCUAAAAUUCCGGUUACCGGCGAUGGAUCUAAUGGAUCUUUUGGAGACUAUGACGGCCCGUGAAAGACACGUGGAUUCUGGGAUACUGCUAAGCGGGUGUCAGGCGGAUGAGACGUCUGCUGACGUCGGCGUUGGCAACGGGAAAGCGUACGGAGCGUUUAGCCACGCGAUUCAGACGGUGUUGAAGGAAAAUGGAGCUGCCUUGAAGAACAAGCAACUAGUGAUGAUGGCAAGGGAUGUGCUUGAGAGACUAGGGUUUCAUCAACACCCUUGUCUUUACUGCAGCGACCAGAACGCGGACGCGACGUUCCUAUCUCAACAUUGAUUUGAUGCGACCAAUUGGAUUUAAGUUACUGAAUUGAACCGUUGCCGUUUGUUUUAUCACGUUUGCGUUUGGGCUUGUUGUGAUCUUAAAAAGAAAAAGGACGAAUAAAAGUUGUCGAUAAUUAAUUAAUUAA